UGAGGCAGAGUAUUGCAGUCAGAAAAUGCACGGAAUUAUUCUCAGCACCAACAAAAUAUAUUACAUGGUCCUGGCUGUCAUUGGUGUUCCAGUUAAUUUACUGGCAAUCAUGGUCCUGUCUCGUGGAAACUGUGGCCUAUCUUCAUGCACAACUUGCUACCUGGUGGCCAUGGCAGCAUCAGAUCUGAUAGUUCUCAUCUCUGAGGUCAUACUGAGGCAGAUCAAUUUUUAUUAUUUCCCAUUAUCUUUCUUGGAUAUCACUCCCGUGUGCAGCAUCAUCUAUGUCUUGUCAACAGCAGCCACCUCCUGCUCUGUUUGGUUCACAGUCACUUUCAGCUUUGAUCGAUUUGUCACUAUUUGCUGCCAGAAACUGAAAACUAAAUAUUGCACAAAGAGAAAUGCAGUUGUAGUCCUAUCAACAACCUGCACUGUAAUGUGUUUAAUGCAUGUUCCUUUCUACUUUAGAUAUCAACCUUAUAGAAUACUUUACAACUUACCAUGGCUCUGUUUUUCAAAGCCGAGCUAUUAUACUGAACCCAUCUGGGUAGGAUUUAAAUGGUUCAUUACAGUUUUUCAUCCAUUGCUGCCAUUCAUUCUAAUUCUGCUGCUCAACGCUCUGACAGUCAGACAUAUUAUCGUGGCCAGUCGAGUCCGUAAGGGACUGAGGGGUCAAAGCAAGGGAGAGAAUCGCAGUGAUCCAGAGAUGUCGAGCAGAAGGAUGUCUAUAAUUUUACUCUUUACCAUUUCUGGCAGCUUUAUAAUUUUGUGGUUGAUAUAUGUGAUAAAUUUCAUUUGCAAGAUUAUUCCUGGAAUUUAUCCCGUCGAUGACAAUCAUUCUUUACAUGCGUUUGAACAAGUUGGAGUUAUGUUGGUGAAUUUAAGUUGCUGUACAAAUGCAUUUAUUUAUGGGGUGACGCAGUCCAAAUUUAGAUACCAGAUAAAGAAAACUGCAUUGAAGUACCAGCUCACUGCAGUUAGGCAGCUUGAUGCUGAAAAACAACUAGCCCAGCCAUUUGUUCUCUUUUUCUUUUGGUCUUUUUUCCUUGUCCUGCCUAUGUUUUUGGUACCUAUGUGGACCAAAACAAAUGGAUCCUCCAUCUCCUUCUCCAGUAUCCUCUCAAGCCAGCCACGGCAGUCAACACACCUUGCGGGACUCUCUAUCCUGCUCUCAAAGGAUACUGUCUAUCACUCUGAUGACGGAAUCCCCAACAACUACAAUCUGUCCUUUAGCUCCCUACUCUUGAAUGGCCUCCUGAACCAUGGUGCCAUUGUCAGUUGA